AUGAAUAGAUUUCCUUUGACGAAGUCUUCUUUCUCCUACAAUGCUCGUAAGAAUCAGCUCCGCUUAUUAUUCUCGUCAAACAUAAAUUUUCAAGACUUUAGUCCUGAACAAGAAGCUGACAGACUUAUGCUACUUAAAAAGGAAAAUUAUUUUCGUCCGUUUGAGUUUAUGGCACGGGAUUAUAACUACCAAGUAAGAUUAAAAGAUUUGUUAAAAGGAAUCGAUAAUCUUAAAGCAUCUAUAAAGAUACCACCUGUGAACAUUUUACAACAGCGUGAAAUUAACCUUGAUGAUAUAAAAAAUGUUCAUAAAAUCAUGUUAAGUGAUAUACCGGUGGAGACAUAUGGAUUUGAAGACGAUGACAUUCAAAAUGUAGGAGAAUUUUGGAAAGUAGGGGUAGUGGCAAAUGAUGUACACGAGACUGUUUAUCUGUACCUAGAAGAAGUGCCUCCAUUGAUGAAGAGGUUCAUACAAUUUCGUGAUGAGUACAUCAUAAUAAUGAUCUUCACCCUCUUAUUAUUGCAUUACGUGUAUUUUCAACCUUUCUUCAUAUUCAUCCAUUUAUUGAUGGUAAUGGGCAUGUUGGUCGUUCAAUUAUGGCACAUCAUCUUAUCCACAGUGGCUAUCCACCUAUUGUUUUUCAACAUAAUGCAACAUGGUGUUGCGAAACAUGAUUAA